AUGCCACCAAACUUUCUCAAGAAAUCGUGGAGUGAUCUGAUGGGAAGUAAAUCAAUUUCAGUUCGAUUGAGUGACCUCUCCCAUCGAUUCAAUAUGACUAAAGACGAAGAAUCAACGUGUAGCUCCCCUACCUCUUCUGAUGUUUCGUAUUUGAGCUCGCCUCCUACUUCUCCUACCUCUUCGAAUGCAGGAUUGAAAAUUAGAUUGAGUUCGGCCUUUUCUUGUGGGAAGAGAAACUCAGCUUCGGCCGAUAUGAGUGGCAGACUCGAUACUUCUUUUGAAUCCAUUGAGAGUGGGUCUCUAUGUAUUGAAAUACCAAAGGAAGGUAUUUCAAAUUUUACAAAAGCAGAAACGCCUGAGUUUAGUUCUGUAAUGCAAGUGAUUCAACAUUACAAGAAAUUGGAAUCGUUUUGCUUUUGUAUGGAGGGAAAGAAAAUGUUGAUUCAAUCACUGAGGCAACAACAAAAGGAUGAACAGGUUAGCUUCAUUCAACUCAUUGAUAACAUUGCUAAUAAUAUGACAUCUGACUCAGAUAGAGUCACCGAGGAAAGCUUACGAGGAAUAUGCUUAAAUAUUUGUGAUAGAUUUUUGAGGGAUGGCAGUGAGUGUCAAUUAAAUGUUUCUAAUAGAUUUAUUAGAAAGUUCGAGAGAGAUUUAAACAAUGCCUUGACGCCUAAAGAGGAUUAUCUACAUUGGAUUGAUUCUAUUUUGAUGGAUGUAAUUGUACAAAUUAAUACUGAAACCUAUCCCUCUAUAAAGAAAUCAGAAGAGUUUAGAAUUUGGCUAUUAAUUGUUCAAGAAGAAGAAAUUGUUGAUACUUGCCGACAUUAA